UAAUAAUAAUAAAGUUAAGAAUAAAAAUCUAAGUGAUAAAUAAGUGUAAAUACGUAUGAGGGUCGAUAAAACUUUUCAACGAUCAUGGACACGACUAAAUCUUUCAACAAUCCGAAUCCACGAGAAAGUGCCAAUUCAAUUUCAGUUUUGGUAUGGUGGUGGACCCUCAGUUUAUUCAAAAAAGGCUACAGAAAGAUCUUAGGACCCGACGAUUUAUACGAUCCCAUACGUAGCGAUAAAUCCAAUGUUCUAGGCGACCGUUUAGAAACGCAGUGGAAAGCAGAAUUACAAAAGGCAAGAAAAGGAAAACGAUAUCCAAGCCUACUUAAAACAAUUUUGCGAACUUUUAUUUUCGAGUGUUUCAUACUCGGGUGCGUUCAAAUACUCAAUGAAUUUGUACUGAGGUUAGGAACGCCGAUACUUUUAGGUGCUCUUCUACAAUAUUUUAAGCCCGAGCCAACCACAACUUACGAGGCGGCAUUGAUUUAUGCCGGUGGAAUUUCAAUUGCAACAGCCAUUAAUGUGAUAACUAUAAAUCAACAUAUUUUUGGUGCAUUCCAUUUAGGUGGAAGAGUUAGAAUAGCCGUGUGCUCCGUUGUGUAUAGAAAGGCGCUUUCCUUAAGUAACUCGGCGCUCGGUGACACAGCUCCAGGUAAAAUAGUGAAUUUAGUGGCCAACGAUGUCAAUCGAUUCGAUCUCGUUUUCGUUUUCUUACAUCACAUGUGGUCGGCCCCGCUCUCAGCUUUGGUAAUUGCAUAUUUCCUAUACCAUGCAGCUGGCUAUGCUGGGAUUAUCGGAAUUAUCGCCGUCUUCAUUGUCGUCCCAAUUCAAGCCUAUACCGGCAAACUCUCGUCCAAAUUCCGACUACAGACGGCUAUCAAGACAGACGAGCGCGUACGUCUGAUGGACGAAAUAAUAUCCGGAGUCCAGGUGAUAAAGAUGUACGCGUGGGAGAAGCCGUUCUGCGCCCUCAUCGAGCUGGCUCGGCGGCUCGAGCUCAAGGGCGUCACAAAGAGCUCCUACAUCCGCGGCAUAUACAUGACCUUCAAUAUAUUCACCACGCGAAUGGCCUUGUACUGUACCCUGGUGGCGAUGUUGCUCUCGGGCGAUAGACUGUCCGCCGAUACCGUAUUUGUAUUCUCGGCCUACUUCGCCAUACUCGCGCACACGAUGUCCGGGAUGUUCGUGCGGGGCGUCGCCGAGAUCGCCGAGUGCAUGGUCGCGGUAAACAGGCUCCAGACCUUCCUCACCUACGAGGAGUUCGAGUCAGGUAACGUCACCAGCGAUUUUCUCUUAUCGACCUCGAACGGCACCAUCAACUCCGACUCGCGGUACAGCUCGAUCAAGGCCUCUAAGCAGGAUCUUCCCUAUAUCGACGAGGACGUUAAUCAUGACGAGGGAUCGAGCGAUAAAAGGAGGCAGAGCUACGUCCUCGCCAGCGAGCUAUUAAAGAGGAAUUCCGAGGAUACCGAUAGCAAGAAUUCUAAUAAUACAAAUCAUGACGAGGUUCGUGACGAGUUGUAUAGCGUGAAGCUGAAGCACGUCACGGCCAAAUGGGAUUUGCACUCAUCUGAGACGACCACCCUUGACAAUAUCAAUGUUAAAAUUGAGAGGGGAAAGAUGUAUAUAGUGAUUGGAAUGGUCGGCUCGGGGAAGACAUCGCUCUUAUCGACGAUUCUGGGCGAAUUACAUCUACUUCAGGGUGCCGUGCGAGUCAAGGGUGGCAUUAGUUACGCGAGCCAAGAUGCCUGGGUCUUCGGUGCGAGCGUUCGACAGAAUAUUGUCUUUGGUCAGGAGUUCGAUAGGCAAAGGUACCAAAAGGUCGUCAAGGUCUGCGCCCUCCUCAAGGACUUCAAGCAGUUCCCCCAGGGCGACCAGACGAUCGUAGGAGAGAGAGGCAGUUCGCUUUCAGGUGGGCAGAGGGCGAGAAUCAAUUUGGCAAGAGCCGUUUACCGACAAGCAGAUAUUUACUUAUUAGAUGAUCCACUGAGCGCUGUCGACACUCACGUUGGAAAGCAUCUGUUCGAGGAAUGCUUGCAAAGGUAUUUGAAUACCAAAACGCGUAUACUAGCAACGCACCAACUGCAAUAUAUCAAGAAUGCCGAUUCUAUUAUUCUCAUGGAGCAAGGAAAAAUACGGCAAUAUUCGGAUUAUCGUGAAUUGCUCGAUAAGCAUCCGGAGUACAGUAGUCUAAUAGCCGAAGAGAGGAGAGGAGAGACGAGUAACGAGUCUUCGAUCGAUGUAUCGCACAUUAGACGUCAAUUCUCUUCGUCGAGCACUAGGAGUCGAACGCCCGACGCCAGUGUCAUUGACUCUGACGCGGAAGACGAAGAGGAUGAUGCAGCACAGUUGGCAGAUUUCAUCGAAGGCACCUCUCGUGGUACCGUAAAAGGAAGCAUCAUAUUAAAUUAUUUCAGAGCCGGCUUGAGUUUUCUAUUUGCCUCGGUAUUGAUCUUCCUUUUCCUCCUAACUCAAUUUAUGGCCAAUUUCAAUGACUACUUCAUCCCAGUGCUGGUCACGGCCGAAGAAUCCCGAGCUUUUUACGCGGACCAGCGCAAACACGAGGCCAAUAAUUCGACGUUUUCCAUUAACAAGAGCAUGACGAUAAUAGAGGAAAGCAAAAUCCUCGCUGUGGAGCAGUACAUUUACAUCUACACGCUGAUCGUCGUUGCCGUCUUCGUGAUCGGUAUAACUCGCUCGUUCGCCUUCUACAAUGUUUGCAUGCGCUGCAGCCAGCGCUUGCACGACCUCGUAUUCGGAGCCCUCAUCCGGGCGAGCAUGCGAUUCUUCGACACCAAUCCAAGUGGUAGGAUCCUCAAUCGCUUCUCCAAAGAUAUGGGCGCGAUCGACGAGCUCCUGCCUAAGGCUAUACUCGACUCGGCACAGAUUAUACUUAUGAUGUUUGGCUCGCUUAUCGUCGUCUCGAUUAUCAAUCCGAUCUUUCUAGUGCCCAUUAUUUUUAUCGCGUUCAUCUUCUAUUGGAUAAGGAAGAUUUAUUUGAAGACCAGUAAGAAUAUCAAGAGACUCGAGGGAAUGACACGAUCUCCAGUUUUCACGCACUUGAAUGCAACACUCAAUGGACUGACAACCAUAAGAGCUUAUAAAGCGGAAAAAAUUCUUAAAAAGGAGUUUGACAAAUUUCAAGACAUACACACCUCUUCAUGGUACAUGUUCAUCGCAACCAGUACCGCUUUUGGCUUCUCGUUGGAUAUAUUCUGCUUCAUCUUUACCACUUUAGUCACCUUCAGCUUUCUCCUGCUCAAAGAAACGUUCACCGGUGGCCAAGUGGGCUUGGCCAUAACCCAAGUGAUGGCGAUGACGGGUAUGAUACAAUGGGGGAUACGACAGAGCGUCGAAGUGACGAAUCAAAUGAUGUCGGUCGAGCGGAUACUCGAGUACACGGAAUUGGUACCCGAGUCAAAUCUCCGUGAUAUGGGCACGAUGACCAAGAGGAAAAAGAGGAAGCAGGUGCAGGAGAAUAUGCUGAUCGAGACGCCAGACGAUUGGCCGAACCAAGGCCACGUCGAAUUCAAAAAUGUGUAUAUGCGUUACUCGGAGGAUGAUGCGCCGGUACUUAAGGGCCUAACAAUGUCGAUUCGGCCGAGUGAUAAGGUAGGAAUCGUAGGGAGAACGGGUGCUGGAAAGUCCUCCUUGAUUUCUGCCUUAUUUAGAUUGGCUAAAGUGGAAGGUGUUAUAGAAAUCGAUGGAAUUAAUACUGGCAAUAUAGCAUUGGAAGAUUUAAGAAAACAUAUUUCUAUUAUACCACAAGAUCCUGUUUUAUUUUCCGGCACAUUGCGUCGGAAUUUAGAUCCAUUCGAUGAAUUUGCCGACAAAGUUUUAUGGGAUGUCUUGGAGGAGGUCGAGCUGAAGGACGCGGUAAUGGCAAGUGGCAAUGGGCUGUACAAUCGGGUCCUCGACCGGGGCUCGAAUUACAGUGUCGGCCAGCGGCAGAUGAUCUGCCUGGCCCGGGCGAUCCUGCGCAACAAUAAGAUCCUAAUGCUGGACGAGGCCACGGCCAACGUCGACCCACAGACGGACUCGCUCAUACAGCGCACCAUACGCAACAAGUUCGCGCCCUGCACCGUACUAACCAUCGCCCACAGGCUCAAUACCAUUAUGGACAGCGACAAAGUGUUGGUCAUGGAUAGGGGUCGUCUUGUUGAAUUUGAUCAUCCACACAUUUUAUUACAAAACGAGUACGGACAAUUCACAUCGUUAGUGAAGGAAACGGGACGCGCCAUGUACGAACAGCUUUUCAAAGUUGCGAGCCAGGCUUAUUAUGCCAAGCGCACGGAAACAUAAUAAUGCUGACUUUUACAUCUCGUUAUUGUUACAAAUUUACCAAGAAAUCGUAUGAUAUGUUCAAUUAAACAAA